AUAACGCAUAUUGUUUUAGCCUACAUACAUAUAUAUAUAUAUAUAUCCCUCUGAGGAGUUAAUCCCAACGGCGACAUCUGCCGCGUCAAAUAACAUCUUUACGCAACGCUUCCUGGCUCCUGUCAAUGUCGCCUCGAGCAGCAGGGAUCAGAGUCUCUCUGUGCAAUUAAUAUUUGAAGGCGAAACUUAAGUCUGUUCCGGAUACUGAACGUUUGAAAGACAUCUGGAACGUAAAGCUCCGCCGAAGUCGCGUCGUUCUGAGCGGUUUUCGACUCGAACUGAAACGCUUUGGGGGAAGAAAAAAAAUAUUGUGUUCUGCGUGGACGUGUGUUCCUGUCUCGCCCCAUUCCGCCUAAUCGCAGCAGAUGGAGGGUUGCUGAGAGCCGGGGAGUGAGAUCAGCAUCUUUUCACUCGUCGUGGCAGCAUCCGAACAGCUGCAGCCGCUCGCUCCCUCUCUCCAGAUCACUCUCUCCCGUACACAGGAAAGAACGGAACGGAACACUAUUUUACGGCAAGGACCUUGCCUUAUCCGGUAUAUUCACCGAAUGUUAUGAUUUGCAACCUAGACUUAAAUUCUAUUUGCUCAUGGUUGUAACCUCGAUGAUGGUCUUGCAAUCGGCGCCAAGGGGAGAUGUAAACUGAUUCGUUGGAGGUGGGUUGUAGCCGUAGCAGCGCUGUGCUGACUGACAACGCGACAGACCGACAGAGCGAGGAGAGGAGAGCAGAGGAGCUGUCCAUAGGCUGGUGGUGCUGAUGCGGCGGCACUGAGAAAAGCAGAGAAACCGAGCAUGGCUGCAGGGAAGUUACUGCUCUACACCGGACUGUCCCUUUCUCUGUGCGCCCUAGGAAUGCUAGCAGUGGCGAUCUGUUCCGACCACUGGUACGAGACUGACGCGCGGAGGUAUCGGGAGCGCUGUCGGAGCUUCUCCAGCCGUAAGAACCCAGGCUUUAUCUACAUCCCCAACAACAGCCUCCCUCUGCGGGCUAGCCGCUCCAGACUGGACCGCUGGGAGGACAAGCUGCUCCUAGCCCGGAACAGAAGGCAGCUGUUCGCUAUGUCCGCCGCUGACGAGUGUAGCAGGCAGUACAACUCCACCAACAUGGGACUGUGGAGCAAAUGCCACCGACUGGGCUUCGACCAGGACACAGAAGACCUCAUUCGCAAAGAAUCCUUCUGGACUUCUAAAGAAUCCUUCUGA